UGCGCUUCGGUUAUCGCCAAGCAAAAAUGUCUGCCUAAGGGAAACUCGCAAGUUACAUAGUGGAUAUUUGCAAAACACAAUCGCAAACGAUAUCGAUUUCAUUAAUUUUCCGACGCGAGACAAGGAAAGCUACGCCGUGACUGGCACACCCGAUCGCCCUAGUUGGAUUUUUGACAGCAGAAAAGAUUUAGUAAAGGAUCGUAAGGAUGAACCCUCAGCAGCGGAUUGCCGCUAUCGGGACGGAUAAGGAGUUGAGUGAUCUGCUAGAUUUUAGCGCGAUGUUUUCUCCACCUGUAAACAGUGGGAAAAAUAGGCCGACCACUCUUGGAAGCAGCCAGUUCACAGCAUCAGGUAUGGAUGAGAGGACGAGCCAAGCAUCAUGGGCCUCAGGUGGCCAGUCCAGCCCAUCCUAUGAGUCCUCCAGGGGGUUUGGAGACUCUCAUUAUGCUGAUCACUUGAGUGACAGUCGAUUAGUGUCCCAUGAAGGAUUGUCCCCAACACCUUUCAUGAGCUCCAGCAUAAUGGGCAAGUCUGAGAGGCCUCCAUUCUCCGGUUAUGGGAGAGAGCCAGGCGUCUCUGGAUGCCAGUCCAAUCUGAGGUCAGAUAUCCAGCUGGCGAACCCAGGACCCGUCACCACCCCUGGAAAGUCGCCCACUCCGUUCUACUCCUAUACUGGCCCCAAUCCAAGAAGACGCCCGCUUCAGGACUCGGCUUCAAUGGAUCCUCUGCAAACAAAGAAAGUGCGCAAGCCCCCUCCUGGCCUGCCUACAUCUGUGUAUGCACCAUCUCCCAGCUCAGAGGACUUCAACAGAGACUCUCCGUCUUAUCCAUCUCCAAAACCCCCCAGCAGUAUGUUCGCAAGCACUUUCUUCGAUGGGACCCACAAUUCCUCUGACCAGUGGAACUUGUCCAAUGGGAUCAGUCAGCCAGGCUAUGGGGGAAUGCUGGGAGGAUCUUCAUCUCACAUGCCACAGUCUGGAAACUACAGCAACCUACACUCACACGACCGCCUGAACUAUCCGCCACACUCGGUGUCGCCCACAGACAUCAACGCUAGUCUGCCGCCCAUGUCCAGCUUCCACCGCAGCAGUGCCAGCACCUCACCUUUCGUCACCGCAUCUCACACCCCGCCUGUCAACACCACAGAGGGGGUCAUGGCCUCUGCCAACCGAGGGAACGCCACUGGAAGCUCUCAGACUGGAGACGCACUGGGAAAAGCCCUGGCUUCGAUUUAUUCUCCUGACCACACCAGCAGUAGUUUCCCCUCAAACCCCUCCACUCCAGUGGGCUCUCCUUCUCCGCUGACGGCUCAGGCGGGCGCUGCCACAGCAGGUACAGUGGUGACGGCCAGCGGCCCCGCAGGAAGGGCAGGUACAGCUCAGUGGACUCGUGCAACAGGACAGGCACCUUCCUCCCCAAACUACGAGAACUCCCUCCACUCUCUGAAAAACCGUGUGCACCAGCAGCUUCAUGAGCAUCUGCAGGAUGCCAUGUCCUUCUUAAAGGAUGUCUGCGAGUCUCGGAUGGAGGACAGACUGGAUAGGCUGGAUGAUGCAAUCCACGUCCUGAGGAAUCACGCUGUGGGCUCCACUGCCGCUCUUUCUAACGACAUCCACAGUCUGUUGGGACAAGCACACAAUGGGCCAAUCUCAGCCAUCGGCAGCAGUUUCCCUUCUUCUGGAUUGGUCGGCAACCGAACAGCGCAAAUGGGUUCUGUUCACCGUGAAGAGAGCGGCAGCCUGAACAACAACAACCACAGCGCCCUGCAGGCCAGCGCUGCGCCCACCUCCAGCUCUGAGCUCAACCACCAGGCAGAAGCCUUCAGAGCAAUUGCAGGUGUAUUGGCCAGUCAGGUUGGUUCUCCUCUGGGGUUGAAAGUAGAGAAUCAAGAUAAAGAUGAUAUGCAUGACAGCCAUGCCUCUGACGACCUGAAAUCAGAUGAUGAGAGCGAUAAAAGGGAUAUGAAGCAGAAUCGAGGAAGCUCUAGACCAAGCUGUGAACUGUCCUGCAGCAGUAUCAACGAAGACGAGGAUCUGAACCCUGAGCAGAAAGCGGAGCGCGAGCGAGAGAGAAGGAUGGCCAACAACGCCCGCGAGAGGCUGCGAGUGCGGGACAUCAACGAGGCCUUCAAAGAGCUGGGCCGCAUGUGUCAGCUGCACUUAAAGAGCGAGAAACCCCAGACCAAACUGCUCAUUCUCCACCAGGCCGUCGCCGUCAUUCUCAGCCUCGAACAGCAAGUCAGAGAGAGGAACCUGAACCCCAAAGCAGCCUGCCUUAAGAGGAGGGAGGAGGAGAAGGUGUCAGGGGUUUCUGGUGACCCCCAGCAAGCCCACCCCCCUGUGCACCCGGGCCUCACAGACACAUCCAACCCUAUGGGCCAUCUGUGAACAGCCAGAUUAAAUGGAUCCCGAUGGCGUGUGGUAGACAGAGUCGGUGACCUUGCUUUCCACGGGCGGACAGGACUCACAGUUUGUGACACAAAUUUGAAAAGACAGACCACUCGAAGCAAAAUUCCACCGUUAAGCAAUCCUGAGAUAGAAGAAAACUGGCAAGUGCCCAGCUCCCUGUGAAGACAUCCCAUAUCGAUAAGCAACCUUCUGCCCACCAGAGAAAAUAAAAAAGAGAGAAGUAUCCAGCAUAAAAGCCCCUCAGCACAUAUCGCUGUCUGCAAGCCGUGUGCCGCAGCUGUACAAUCAGAGACUGUCUCCACCCCUCCACCCUCUACGUGGAACUUGCCUUGUGCCUAAACUGAAUUGACGAAUGCAUUGUAACAGCAAUUGUUCUCUUUUAUUUCUUUUUCCUUAUUUAUUAUGUUACUGAGCUGUAAGUCUAUGUUUAAAGGGAAAGUUCUGACAUUGCUAUGAGAAUCUGGUGGCGUUUCAGUAGAUCUGCAGUUUGUCCGUCACAUCAGAGUCUGUGGAAGGGCCUCUCUGCUCAAUCAUCCGCUUCAUGAGAUUAAUAUAUAUAUAUAUAUAUAUAUAUUCAGAUCAAAAUCUGAGAGUGUUUGUCAAACGCUCAAGGAUCCCUCUGUCUAAACAAAGAAAACAAAGGAAUAAUAUAUUAUUUAUAUUUAUCUACAUUCAUUCCACACAAAAACAGCACGAGAAACCAAAACUACCUAAUUCUGGAGGAGGUUUGUUGAUAGUGUAGCUCACUACGGUGAGUUCUUCCCCACAGACGCAAAGUCACACACAAAUAAUGAUGGUGGAACGGCAAACUCCGGCUUUACUGAAAGGUCAAAGGUCCAACACAAGCUGACAUGUUUAUACUCAUUAGUGAGCAGUACAGAUACAGAAAGCAGAACGUUACCAAACCCCAGCAUUCCCUGCAUAUUUUCUUAGUGUCUUAAAUGGGAAAGGGGACGCAGUCUAGUCCUUUUGAUUCCUUUGCCAUAUAGUGUUAAAGGUAAAGAGAGCGACGUAUUUCCGAUACAGUUUAUUUGUAUUCAGAUGAUCUGGUGGAACAGCCGUGGUUAUGCCGAGAGCAUCUGUACUGAGGAAUCUCUGUUGAAUACCGUGAAACAUGGCACAAAAAGAGAGAGAGAGAGAGAGUUGGAUUUAAAACGAAGACCAUUCAUUCACCUGGCCUGAAUUGAAGUUUUGUUUUUGUGUUCUUUUGUUUCAUUUUCUAAAACAAUUAACAGGUUUUUUUUAAGAAAAGAGAAAAAAAAGCGUACUCAAAGUAACCUUAUGUUAUAUGUUUAUUUGUAAUUGUAUACAAAGCAUCUCUAGGCUUCAUAGUAAAGCGUAUAUUUGUGGUGUGAAAAUAGAAGGAUGUUCUAAGUUACUUAGAAUGGCUUUGUCUUUCCCCUCACGCACGCAUCCAAGUACUUGAUACUUGAUCAGCAGAAUGUGAGCGCAAUGUCUGUUUGAAAAAGAAGAGAAGCUCUAUGAAUUCACUCGCACAGUGGAAAUGAUGAACAAAGCCCGUUUGGAUCAGGAUUUUAUGUUUGUAAAUCUGAAACUUUUCUUUUCUAGCGUGUUUUUUCUUUAAGACCAAAAAGAUUUUGGUUUUGUGUCUUUUUCUACCCUGUCUGUUGUCUUCCACACAUUGAAACAAGACUGCCACAUAUUCUGGUAUGAACCACUCCAGUCAAAAGAACAAACACUUCAGUAAAGAAUAUCAGCAUUAUUUUCCUUUCUUUUUUUGCUUUGUGGAGAGUUCCCUUCCGUAAGAAAAUGAUCGUGAAAUCCACUAGUCUUUGUGGCCUUGUUAUACAUUUCAGUAUUCAAGAGCUUGUAUUUUUGCCGGCUGAAAAUGAGGAUAUGAGUCAUCUCUUUGUCUGUUGUUUUGUUAUUGUUUCUUUCCUUUUUUUUUCUGUGUUCUGUUCUUCCUCUGUUGCAUAUGUUAGAUUUUGCUGUAUGCCCUGAUGCUUUCCCUCAUUACAAGAAAAAAAAAGUCUAUGAAAAGGAUAAAAAAAAAACAUUUGGCUUAUUUUUCACUAUAGUUAGUCUUUUAUACAAUAAUAUUGUAAGAACAUUUCUUGAAUUCUAAAUAUUACUCUUUCUAGAUUUUUGAAAUCAAAAGUUUUGAGUAAAAAAGUUUCUUACUUUAUUUUACUAUAUUAGAUAGUAAAACGAAAUGUACGGUUAUUUACCAUAACCUGUCCAUUAUUAUAAAAAGAUUAUGGAUAGCAUCUUAAAGAACAGAAGUAGGAUUGUAGCUGGCAGUCUAGUAAGUAUGGGGUAUUGUACGAGCUCGAUGUUCCAGAGGAUGUGCUCUCCAUCUCUGUCUCCAGUCUGCAUUGUUGGUUGAUGAACGAUUUGUACCCAUGUCGAAAUUCAAGGUAUUGUCAAUGCACAUCAGAAAACCAGCAGUAAGAAGUCGAAUUCUUUUUUUCCUUUUUUUUCUGUCUCUGUAACAGAAACACAAUAUGUAUAUAACAUUUAUGUAGCAAUAAAUGUGCCAUCUUUUUUAA